AUGGAAUGGGCAGUGGAAGUGUUUUCUAGUAAAAUGAAUGGGGAAACAUGCAUUUGCUUUGCUGCUUUAAGAGUAAGAGAGGACGGGGGGAUGAACUUGGCUACUAAUGAUACGUGGGCAGAUAAUUUAAAGAUAUUCAAGGAAAUAGUGGCUUUUAAAACUCAUAAAGAAGUAUAUAACUUUCAUAUCUUCCCCAGGGAUGAAUUGAAAAUAGGGAUGCCAUCAUAUAGUUUUUCAUGUCAAUCAUCAUACUUGACCUCUAUGGCUGGAGAAGGCUUUGAUUUCAAUGGCUGUAUACAUGAUGGUAAGGCAUAUCAUACCUAUCCAGAGCUCAAGAAUCAGCUUCAAGAGAACGAAUUAGGAACCCUUUGCCAAACAUCCUCGCCCCUUUCAGUUGCUGAUACAGUUUUUAUUGAAAGGACGAAAUCAAGAGUGAGGAAUUGGCGAAAUGUAUUUAAUGACACAAGCACAACAAAGGAAGAUGUUUUGAUAAAAUCUCUGAGAAAACUUGUUGUAGGAAGUGAACAAUAUGGGUCCAGGCCUUCCCUUGAUAUAGAUGUUUGCAGUGAACUCCAAGUGCAGCUUAUUUUAGGGAUGCUGAGGGAGUCCUUUGAUGACCUUGUACCUCUAUCAAUUCCAGCCAAGAGUGGGGGAACCCAGGCAGUUCGAAUUGUCCUUACAAGUUCCAGAGAAGACAGGGAAUCUUUUGAGAGGGAACUUCAAAAUCUGGAAGAAGCACACAACAAACGUGUUCAUGGCUUUCGUGAGGUGAUCGAUUUGAUUUCUACUUCUCAGAAACCUGUUGUUGCCCACAACUCACUUAAUGAUUUUACAUUCAUCUAUUCAAAAUUCAUUUCCCCUCUACCUUCUAGUGUUGAUGAAUUCAGGUGCUCCUUGCAUUUGAAUUUCCCACAUAUACUAGAUAUCAGCCUUCUGAUGAAGGAAAUUGGACCUUUCAAAAAGAUGGCUAAUUUACCUGCUGCCAUUGCCUUCUUAAAAAGGCGGUUCUUUGCACCUGUCAAUUUGGAGAUUGGUCACCAAGCUGAUGUCAAUGAGGGCACCAUGCAUGGCCAUAAUGUUUUGAAGAUAACUGAAUUGUUUGCUAAACUGUGCUCUAUUCUGAAAGUUCCACCCAAAACUCUUGAAGAUGACAAUGGCCAUUUCCUUUCUGACCUUGAAAACCGCUCAAAUGUCUUUCUUCCCAGCUCCCUGGGUUCCCAAGACCCUAUCAAUGGGCAUGUCUCAAUUUGGACACACAAUUCAAGAAAGGUUGAGCGCAAGGAUUUGGUUUUCUUGUGGGGAUUUAGGCAUGGGAUGUCUGCAGUGAUGCUCAAGAAACUUCUCUGUGAUUCCCACAACGUUUUCUCUGAGGAAUUUGAUGUGCGACUACUGGAUAAGAGUUGUGCGGUUAUUGCUUUCUGGAAUCCUGGUUCAGCUGAAAGAUUUCUCGAGGAAAUGGAAUCUGGAGGAAGCAGUUGUGAAUCAUUGAGGGAGAUGAUAGCGGAAGGCGCAAGGGCUGCAGGUUAUAUGACUUACAGGAGAGCCUGUAGGUUGGGAUUAUGGGAAGCCAAUUUGGCAGAUUCUUUGGAUAAAGCCUCUAUAGAUGCUGAUAACCUUCCCUCCGAGGAGCCAUCAGAGAUACCUGUACUAAUAUAA